GCAUUGCCCAAUCCCAUACUGUGGGGUUUGUGCAGUGCAGUGCUGGGGGAAGGGAAGGGAGGGACAGAUGGGACUGACACACGGUCCCUGUCGACCUCUUCCUCCGUCCCUCCUCCUCCUCACCCCCUCCUCCCCUCACAGACGCUCUGCUUAAUCUGACCGGGUAGGACAGGGGGAGGAUGGGGGAGGGCACCGGGCAUUCGCCACCACCUCUCCCUCUUUUCUGGCAGCACCCAACACAGCCGCAGAGCCAAAGCACGCAGGAUAUGGGCAAAAAAACAACUUAUUCCCCUGUGAGGCUGGACUGAGAGCAGCUGAACCGGCGCUCAUGCUGAGGCUCUCGGCUGCAGGGAGCCCAGCCGGACUAGAUUUACUGCUAAUCCAGCAUAAGGAGCGUGUAGGGACAACCUGCUGGAUUUUGUGGUUUUACUUUUCAUUUUCAUUCUCCAACAGGCCUGUUAGAAGAAGUUGUGUUCUGGCCUCUUUGAGGAUGUGAGGAUGCCAUCUUUGCAGGCACGCUGAGAAAAACUGUUUGUGCUGGAAGUUCAUGGCCAAAUGUAGAGUCGUGGUGGCCGAGGAAAAGCAGUUUAGAGGCACAAUGUCUGCCACUCAGGGGAUGAACCACAGCGGCGUCUACAACUACUUCCUCAACAUGGUGGCCUAUCAGAUAUGCUGUUGCUGUGGACCGGCUCCCUGCUCCCUCUGCUGUGCCUUCUGUCCUCCAGUCAAAUCCUCCACCAGCACGCGGGUCAUGUACACCCUCUUCCACAUCAUGAGCUGCGCCGUCUCCUGCCUCAUGCUGUCCCGCACCGUCUCCGAGCUCGUCAGGGAAAAUGUGCCUUUCUUCAACAUGGUGUGUGACCAGGCGCAUGGCGGAGGCCACUGUGAGAUGCUGGUGGGCUACUCAGCCGUCUACAGAGUCUGCUUUGGCACUUCCUGUUUCUACCUGAUGAUGGCGAUCUUCCUCAUAGACGUGAAGUCCAGUCAGGACUUCAGAGCGCUCAUACACAACGGCUUCUGGUUCCUGAAGUUCAUCACCCUGCUCGGGAUGUGCACGGCUGCCUUCUUCAUCCCAACAGAGUCCUUCCUGCAUGCUUGGCAUUAUGUUGGUGUGGUGGGAGGAUUUGCCUUCAUCCUCAUCCAACUCAUCCUCAUCACAGCUUUUGCACACACCUGGAACAAGAACUGGUUGACCGGAGCAGCAGAGAACAAGCGUUGGUAUCUGGCGGUGAUGUGCGCCACCCUCUUCUUCUACACUAUCGCCACCAUGGCCUUCACCUUCAUGUACAAGUACUACACACACCCCAUCGCCUGCCACUUCAACAAGGUGCUGCUGUGGAUCAACCUGGGACUCUGUGGCCUCAUGUCCUUCAUUGCCGUCACACCUUGCGUGAAGCAGAAGCAGCCUCGGUCGGGGCUCCUUCAAGCCUCCAUUAUCAGCUGUUACGUCAUGUACCUCACUUUCUCUGCGCUGUCCAGCCGCCCGCCAGAGAAAGUGGUGUAUCAGGGCAUGAACAUGACCGUCUGUUAUCCCAGUGUGGGACAAGAUGGCAUCCAGAAUGAAGGCAACGCUGUGGCCAUAAUUGGAGCUGCCAUCAUGUACUGCUGUGUCCUCUUUGCAUGCAAUGAAGCUUCCUACCUAGCAGAGGUGUUCGGUCCGUUUUGGAUGAUCAAAGUUUACCGCUAUGAGUUCCAGAAAGCCACCUGCUGCUUCUGCUGCCCCGAGGAAGAGGAAGCUGAGGAGGAGUUUGUGAUUGACGAGGAGAACAAAGGCUGUCAGAAGGUCAUUCACAACGAGACCCUGAGAGUGGCCUACAGCUACUUCUUCUUCCAUUUUGUCUUCUUCUUGGCCUCGCUGUAUGUCAUGAUGACCCUCACUAACUGGUUCAGCUAUGAGUCAGCAGUGUUGGAGACAACCUUCACCCACGGCAGCUGGUCUACCUUCUGGGUGAAGAUGUCGUCCUGCUGGGCCUGUGUGAUCCUCUACCUCUGGCUGCUGCUGGGCCCUCUGUGCAGCUGUCAGUCUGAAUCCAGACCUCGCCGCUCACGCAUCAAACGCCGCUCAGGAUCCUCCCGCCACGUCUCUGUCAGCGUCUGACGCUCUCUGUGAGGGGCCAGGCAGGAGGGAGGCGGACAGGAGGUCAUAUGACUCUGAGCCUUCGGGAUUUUCAGGAAUGGAGGUCACAGGGGUCAGAGGUCAAAGACUCACAGUGCUGUGAGAAGGACCAAUCAGAGGGCUCAGUGCCCUGUUGAUACUGUAUGUGAAAAACUGGAAAAAGCCCUGAUGUCACAGGCUGGACACCAUGAAAUAAAACCAUAACAAGGACUUGAUUGUGGUUUGGAAACACAAUUACAGUAUGAAUUGCCAAAGGGAUCAGAAGGGGUGAACUCUCACUCUGUAUAAAGUGGGAAUUACAGUAAGUAGGUGUAAAGAUGGAUACAUUUAUGAAUUGUUACUCUUUAAUUUAGUAUUAUUUUAAAUUUCUUGGCUGUAUUUAGACUUUUAAUAUUAGAACAGAGGAGGAAUUCUAGAUAUUUACUGUAAUAUUGCUACAGAGGCACACAUCCCAAGUAUGUUUUUAUUUUCUUAUAAAAGAAUCUGCCCUAAAAAAGAAAACCCGGUUAGUUCUCUGAUCUUAGACAGGCAGUCGAUGGUUUGAUCAUAAACAAAUCUUUCUCAAAGUUGGAAACAGAGAACUGUGUAAGUUCAAACAUAGCCUCUAAUUCAAGAGAUGGUCCUUACUGACACAUUUCAGUAGCUUACAAGGACUGAUUGCAUUGUACAGUAAAACUUAACUAAAUUAUUAUGCAGAUCAUCUAUGACAGUGAUGUCCAACCAUAUGUUCAAACACUACAACAGAUGAUUUUCUCUCUUUGAAGUUUUUUUUUUUAUACCUGCAUCAACAUUUUGUUUUAUUCUUACGACUCAAAACUCAAAAUGGAAAUUUAAAAUUCGAAUCUGGAAUUUCAGUUUCCAGGUUAAAAAACACCUCUGAUGCUACAUUACACACAUACAGUCAUAUUGUGAAGAUAAAACACUACAUUUGAACAAUCAGCUACUCAUCUUGCAAUCAAAUUCCAUUACCAACUAGUUACGGUACAAGCCUUAAAAAAUAGUUCAACAUUUUGGGAAAUAUACUGCGCCUAGAGGGGAAUGAUUUCACUACAUAACUCCCAGUAAAACCACAACUUGUUUAUUUUCCAUUUCUGUUUGUGUACAGAUUAAACAAAUGAGAUAUAACGUGUUAAUUAGUGAGCUUUAGGGGUGUGGCUAGGUGCAUUUUUGAGUUCUGGACAGAGCCAGACCAGCUGUACCCCCUGUUUCCAGUCUUUAUGCUAAGCUAAAGCUAACUGACUCCCCAAAUUUAGCCCCAUAUUUAAUGCGCAGACAUGAGUGUGGUGCAGAUCUUCUCAGCUAACUCUUGUCAACAAAGCGAGUAAGUCUAUAUCCCAAAAUGUAAAACUAUUGCUUGAACAUCUAUUAAGAACUUUUCAAUCCAGUGUAAUAAUGAACUUAGGUAUAACUGCAUUUUUAAAUCAGCUGCUGGAAAGACAAUGAAUGGAAGUCACACUGUAGUUACAUAGAAUAAUGGCAUAAACUUUAUUUCAUUUAGUGCUAACAGUUACAAACCAGAAAACGUACAGACAGAGCCAAUUUAAUUGCAUCCUUUCAUUCAAUUAUAAACUUUGUCUCGUAUACCUGUCAGUGAGGCAGCUUCAGGAUUGGUUCUUAUAUUCAGCCAAAGCCAAACAAAGAUUUGUUCCUGUGUUAAAAUAAAACCUGAAGUGUCCAGGGGGAUCACUGGAAUAACAGAUCCUCUUUCAGCAUUUUCUCGGCAUUUUUUCACAAGAUUGAUUUUUAAAUGCUCAGUGACAGAAGGUCUGACAGAGCGACCGAGAGGCAGCUAAACAGAAAUGUAUGAUGUUCUUCAAAGUUCAACACAAGAGAUUUCUUAAAUUGGGGCAAAAAUACUUUGCAUUUGACUUACAAUGAGGAACAAGUUGCAUGCUCGCUUUAUGUUGCUUUACAGCACAUCAUUCACUUCAAAAUUCAUUAAAAAUGUCCAGAUAGGAUUGAUUCUU